CCAGACUAGCCUGUGCAGUCAACACAGGCUAAUCAGGGACGAUACUUUCCGCUUCUAUGUGCGGACUGCACAGGCUUAUCUGAGACUAUACUUUAAGCACUUGCAUAAACCCCGUUUUCCCAGAGCAAGGCACAAUGAUAUCUUCUCCGUACAGCCUUGUUUCAUAGGAGGCGCUAAUGAGUCAUGGAAUGAACUGUGUGCUGUAUUAUUCAUGAGCCGCCUUUUUGUGUGGAGAUGAGUCGGGAAGCAUGUGAGCCUGAUAUCGCGAUUGUGUUGACUUCAAUUCAAAUGAAGAAUUUCCGUUAGCAUAGGAUUCAGAAUGUCAUCAAGCCCGAACAAUUAUUGAGAAUAUCGAGCGGCGUGGACAAAAUCAGGCUGACAGGAUUACAGUGGUGUUAGACAGACACAUCAAUCAAAACCAAAACGGCGGUGUUGUUUAGUUCACAUAGAAAGGAUUUCAAAAUUUUCUUUUAUUUCCAAUUGGAAAAACACGUACAGUGUAUUAUAAAUAUACCGCGGCUGAAUAUCGCAUUGGGAAAUGAAAUAGAAGUAGGCGUACAAGUAACAUAGUAUUUCACUGAAAUUUUAUAGGCAUUUCCAAACAAAAGUUUAUUUGAUGAAGAAAUGUAACCGGUUUCAAGCAUUGAAAUUCCCAAUACGUUGAAAGCGUUGUCUUCUUAAACCAUUCAAUGCGAUUUUGAAAUUACUGAGCUAAAUUAUAAGAUUGGUGUAAUGUUAAUGGAUACCUCAAAUUAUUGAACGCAAGUCGAGCUCAUCCGAGCGUGGCAUCAAAGUCAAACACGCUCGGGGAAAAAGAACUAUCGUUCCACGAGUACUUAGUAACAAGCGUGAUACAUCGACUUUCGUGUGUGUUUGUGUGCGUGUUUCGAAGUUUAUGAUUAUCUUCCGCGUUUAAGUAUCUCCGGAAUCCGCAGUAUUUGUAAAUAAAUCGUCUGCUGAUCCUAGUCAUUGAAAAUCCGACUGUCGGCGCGUCGAGUUGUACUAACACGCAAUGAAGGCCAGUGGAUUUAACGGUUCUCGGGUGUUCCGAUUUGUUUGCAGUCAAGUAUUGAAGGAAUUUUCAGCGCAGGCAGAGCAUGUCCGACCAGUUCUUUGCAGACUCAUGUCCACCCGGACACCGGCGCCGACAAAGGAAAAGAAGACGACAAAACUGAAGCGGAUGCUGACGUCACCGGAACUGGAAUUCAUCAUGGAGGCACACAACGGCAUAAGCGCGCGCAUCGUACAGGAAGCUGGCUUCAAGGGUAUCUGGGGUAGCGGACUGUCCCUCUCGGCCCAGUGGUGUGUACGAGACAGCAACGAGGCCUCCUGGACUCAGGUUGUGGACAUGCUGGAAUUCAUGAGCGACGCCACUAACAUCCCCAUCCUGUUGGACGCGGACACCGGAUACGGAAACUUCAACAACGCCAGACGACUUGUCCGCAAACUGGAGGACAGGGGCAUUGCAGGCGCUUGCAUGGAGGACAAGCUGUUUCCAAAGACUAAUUCUCUGCACGAAGGCCGGGCCCAACCUCUGGCAGACAUUGAGGAGUUUGCGCUGAAAAUCAAAGCGUGCAAGGAGGCUCAGCGGGACCCAGACUUCUGCAUCGUGGCGCGCGUUGAGGCCUUUAUUUCCGGUUGGGGACUCGACGAGGCGCUCAAGCGGGCCGAGGCGUACCGGAACGCAGGAGCGGACGCGAUAUUGAUGCACAGUAAGAAGAGUGACCCUUCUGAGAUCGAGGCGUUCAUGAAAGUAUGGAAGAACCAGGGUCCAGUCAUCAUUGUACCGACCAAGUAUUACAAGACCCCGACACAGCAUUUCCGGGACAUGGGCGUCUCCAUGGUGAUAUGGGCCAACCACAACAUGCGCGCGUCUGUACAGGCGAUGCAGCAGACGUCCGCGGAGAUCUACAAGCUUGGCUCCUUGACAACCGUCGAAUCGAAGAUCGCGACAGUGAAAGAGGUCUUCCGAUUACAAGAUGAACCGGAACUCGUUAAAGCAGAAGAACGGUAUCUUCCGAAGAAAUAGAUCGCAAGACGAUAGGUUUGCAUCCGCACAUGAGUAGAAACCAUUCAACUGUUGGAAACAACCUGAUUGUUCUAACGUGGAUUAUUUUUUUAGGUCUUCUUAAAUUCGAAUCUACCAAUGUGCCAAAAGUUUCCAGGAGGAAUCCAGUAUGUCAACCCGCUGAAUAUGUCCGAAGAAUGUUAUGCUCAAUACGCUCAAGAUUUGUUCUUUCUCCAUACUAUAUAUAAUAUGCGACAAUCAUUAUAAAUUUAUUUUCCAUAGCCCUAGUCGAGUGUUGGUAUAUUCAGUAUUUUUGCUUUUGUUCAAGACUGCGGGAGCGUGAUCAUUCAAAAAGUGGAAUUCCUUAUUGAUUGCACUUGUUUGUACGUUCUGAUAUUGCUUUCGUCCUAUCAUUUCCGGAUUGUAGCUACAUUAUUUAUGGCGAGCCUUGAAAAUAUCUGCCGUCAAAUGACAUCGUAUAGAUUCAUCUCACUCAAAGGUGAAGUUCAAAGCGGUCAAUUGAUGAAUCUAUAUAACAAAGCUUGUCCGGAUUUGAGCUACAUAAUGCAUCAGGCUAAUUGAAAAUAACUUCUAAAAAUGAGUGAAGCUUUAUAAAGACUCAAAAUCAACGAAAUGGCUUCGGUCGGCUGAUGAUAAGUACGUCAUGCUUCUCGUAAAUGUCGCGUUCGCUCAUAAAUGUUCGGAUAUCACCGUUGGAAAUACACAUGGAAUAUAUUGACAUACAAAAAAUAAAAACGAGUAUUUGUAUAUCGUAAAAUCUGUUACCAUACCACAUCUAGCGUUGCCAUUUUGGUUAUUGCUAUAAGGAACACUGAUUUGUAUGGGUAAACUUUAUUUUAGGAAAUAUUUUACGAUAUGUUCGUUGAUUUUGAGUCUUUAUGGGGCUUUAACGUGUUCAUGGAAACAAUAUAGCAAUCAAAAUAUAAAUUUUCAUUAGCCAUAAGCUGAAUACCAUACAUAGAGAUCGUAGAUAAAACAAAUUGACCUUGUUAAACUCGUACGACCUCUAUCAUCAUGACCUAUAAAAUAAAAAUUUAUCAGGCAAAUUUUAAGCAUGAAUUAAUAUUUUUUUAUUAACUUAUUCAAAUGCAAAUACUUGUAAAAAUCUUUGUAUCCAAUAUCGGGGGAGUUGGGGCGUCCGUGUCUUGAGCACAUUUAGUUAUUGAUUGAAUAUAACGGAAAAUAUCGAACGUUUUUAGAAAGUACAGUUGUUUAUUACAGAUUAACAACUGGAUUACAGUUUAUGAGGUUAUGGAUAACAUAUAAUAGCUUUAUUCACUCGGUUAAUUGUUGUUCGAGGGGCCACAAUGUGUAGUGGUGUAUGUUUUAUCCUUAUUUUACAGCUAGACACUUGAACAUGUCCUUGUUAUAAUGUAAAUAUCAUAAUUUAUAGUUUGAUGUUUGUGUAUUUUGAUUUAACAUUUCUUCAUAUAUUGUUUGGUACUUAAUGGUCAAAGUUCUAAUAACAUAAAAUGAUAUCAUUUCAGCAUCGAAUUAUAGCGUUUUAGAAAGAUUGUGUUCGACACCAUUAGGUGUUCAGUGUAUUUUUGAAAAACAUAUUGUAUACAAGUACGUUUAUUUACGCACAUUCAUCAAGCCCGGUUUCUCCCGAGCGAGGCUGUACAGACGUUUACUCUUAAUGCUUUAUACACAUUAAGUCCAUUAAUUUUCGAAAAGACUUAUGGUAAUGUUUGUUGCCUCAUGGUACUGAGCCUUUGAUAUAAACAUUGUGACAUUAUUUAUUAUUAUAUUUUUGCAAACAUUUUUGAACUCCUGCAUUCUUCAUGUUUAUUUGAAGUCGACUAAAAGUCUCUUUGAUGGUGGUAUUGGUAUAUGCAAAUGCUUGUUAAAAGUAAUUACUAUACAGUAACUCUUCAGAAGUUCUGUAGCUCUUAUAUAGCUCUCUUGUUUUAAGUGUAAUACAUGUACAUGAAUAUCUAUGUAGAUGAAAAAUGACAUAUUCAUUCCGCUCGACAAUUGUGUGUACAUGGAUAAUAAAGUUGUUUUAAUAGA